GUGAUUUCUGGUUUGAAUGAUUCUGGUUGAAAGUGAAAAUGAAAGUGCAACGGUGCAACGUAAUGCAGUCACUCAUUUACAUUUGAUUUGAUCUGUAGUGUGUGUGUAGUGUCUAGCGUCUUCGUUACAAAUUCAUAAAAGUCGAACAGAAAAAUCGCAGCGAAAUUAGUGAAGAUUGAGUUUUGUGGAUCGGUCUGUUAGCUCUGAUUUAGUGUGGACUUGUCUAAUCUAAUCUAGUGUGGACUUGGCGAUUAUAAAAUGUUUAGUCUUGCACAAGCUUACGAAUACGCCAAAGUAGUUGUAGAUUUUACCCUAAUCCUAAUUCAAUUCGCGUUCGAGAUCAUUUAUUCUCUGAUGAGAAAAGUGAUAAAAGACAAGCCAAAGGACAUUAGCGGCGAGAUCGUUUUGAUCACCGGAAGUGGACACGGUAUUGGAAAGGAACUUGUACUGCAGUACACGGCUUUAGGAUGUGAAGUGAUAUGCGUCGACAUAAACAAAGAAAAUAACGACAAAGUUGUCGAGGAAGCAAAUUCACUUCGUAUUGGAACCGCUUACGGUUAUAAAUGUGACGUCAGAAAUCGUGAAGAACUGCAAAAAUUGGCCGAUCGAAUAAUUAAGGAAAUCGGUCAUGUGUCGGUUGUUGUCAACAACGCAGGAGUAAUGCCAUCACAUCCACUACUGAAACACACAGAAAGCGAAAUUCGUCAAGUGUUCGAAGUGAAUGUAUUCGCCAACUUUUGGAUAUUGGAGUCCUUCCUUCCACACAUGGUAGCCAAGGGUCGUGGUCAUAUUAUCGCAAUGUCAUCAAUGGCAGGACUGUGCGGUUUAAAUAAUUUGGUGCCAUACUGUGCCACAAAGUUUGCCGUACGUGGGCUAAUGGAAGGACUGACUGAAGAAAUACGAGAGACGAAUUCGAUGAUCAAAACAACCGUUGUUUAUCCGUUCGUUGUUGAUACUGGGCUGUGCAAACAACCGAAAACUCGUUUCCCGAGUCUGUUAGGAAUUGUACCAGCAAAAAGUGCUGCCACUGCAAUCAUUGAGGCACACAGACGGAACAUGAAGGAAAUUUCGAUACCAAGCUAUUUGCUUGCAUUGCACAAUGUAUUUAGAUGUUUGCCAAUUAAUUGUGGAUAUCUCUUUAGGGAUUUUGUUGACGCUGGUGUUGAGUCAGACUUGUGAAAAUUUUAUAACUUGUGGCAGUCAUAGAUUGUAGAGAAUUUCAACUAAUUCCAUUUUGAUUAUAUUAGGAACAAAAUUUUGUACAGUUUUGAUUGGAAAUAAAGUGAAAAUUUAUAUUCAGCCGGUU